UAGUGGUAAUGAUUCGAGCGGACGCUAAAAGUUGAGUGUUCGAGGAAAGCGUCUCAGAGACUGUGAACAUCAAAUCCUCUGUUACAGUGCGUGAGACUAUUUGGCCCCAUCUUCUCUCCAUCUCCGUCUUGUGCGUCGAAUUGUCUCCUUCUCUUCUUCUACUCUCUCUCAGCCAACUUUCUCCAGAUCACUACUCCCCCUCUCUGCCGUCUUCUUCUCCUCUGUUCUCUCCAUUCACACUGCAUUUGGAUUGAUGUCUCUUUAAUGCUUCGAGGAUCUCACUUUAUAUCUUCCCCACCGACUUCGAUUUCUCCAGUUUCCAGUAAUCCUCUGUUUUCUCAGGUCAGCGACGAUAGGUUUCAGACAGGAUCAACUCACCAUGCCUCUGUUUGAGCUUUUCAGGCUCACCAAUACAAAAUUUGAAUCUGCUCAAGACAAUAACCCUUCCCCACCUGUGGAUGAAGUUGUUGAGCUGGUUUGGGAAAACGGUCAGAUUUCAACUCAAACCCAGUCAAACAGAUCGAGGAACAUUCCACCACCACCACCACCAGGACAAGAAAGCUCUUCGAGAGCUAGAGAGAUUGUAAACGGCUCAAAGACAACGAUGGUGGAGGAGAUCCCAAUGUCAGUGCCCUCACUAAUGACGGGUUUGAGUCAAGACGAUGACUUGGUUCCGUGGCUGAAUCCUCAUCAUCAAUCCCUAGAUGGAUACUGCUCUGAUUUCUUGCAUGAUGUUUCUCCUGUUGCUGUCGAUGAGCAAGAGAGCGAAGAUGCUUUCCCGUUGUUUCAGAGGAGAGACAAUGGCAAUGAAUCAGCUCCCCCUGCUGAUUCUACUUCAUUACAGUUCAACGGUUUCCAAUCACAUUCUCUGUAUGGAAGCGGUAGAGCUAGAGAUCCUCCUGUUAGCCAACCAGCAAAACCGGAUCCAUCAACUAGUAACAAGCCUGGUUUGAUCAACUUCUCGCAUUUCUUACGCACUGCAGCUUCGGCUAAGACCAAUGAUUCUCCUCCUGGCUCUAAAGAGAAGAGCCCUCAAUGCCCGCCGAAUGUGUUUCAGACCAGAGUUCUUGGAGCUAAAGAGGUUCUCAACGAGUCUGUUAUGCCUAAGGAUAACCAAAAGGCUUGCCUAGUUUCGGAAGACUCGAACAGAAAAGACCAAGAGAGUGAAAAGGCCGUUGUAUGUUCUUCUGUUGGCUCGGGUAAUAGUCCAUCUGAAAGUCCUUUAAAAAGAAAGCAUCCUCCUGAUGUUCAAGACAUUGAGUGUCAUAGUGAAGAUGUUGAAGGAGAAUCAGGAGAUGGAAGAAAAGAAGCAGCUCCAUCUCGAACCGGCAUGGGUUCAAAGAGAAGCCGCUCGGCUGAAGUACAUAAUCUGUCUGAAAGGAGACGGCGUGAUAGGAUUAACGAGAAGAUGCGUGCUCUUCAAGAACUCAUACCAAACUGCAACAAGGUGGAUAAAGCUUCGAUGCUAGAUGAAGCAAUCGAGUAUCUCAAGUCACUUCAACUUCAAGUACAGUUCAUGUCAAUGGCGUCUGGUUACUACAUGCCACCGGUUAUGUUCCCACCGGGUAUGGGGCAUCAUUACCAGGCAGCAGCAAUGGCAAUGGGUAUGGGAAUGCCUUAUGCAAUGGGCUUGCCAGAUAUCAACCGUGGCGGUCCCUCCGUUAACAACGCACCACAGUUCCAGUUCCCCGGGAUGCAACAACCUGUGACCAUGGCGCUUCCACGUGUCUCUGCUGGUGGUCUCUUCGGUUCUUCAACGGUGGAGAUGAAUAAGAGUGGUGAUGGUUCGACUAGAGAUCUACCAGGUACUAACGAUCAAACGACGACAAAGAGUAACAAUGGCCUGAAACCAAUUAAGAGAAAACAAGCGUCUCCUCCUGAUCAGUUUUGUGGAUCGUCGUAACGUAAACUAACUUCAGGACUGGUGCAUUAAUUAUUAUCAAUAUAGCAUUCAAAUACAUAAAAAUAAAUGUGUGUUCUUUACAUAAUAAAACAGUGUUUUGGUGCUUCUGCUGUCGAUAAUUUGUUUUUAUUAUUUGUACCAGUGUUUUGGUGCUUCUGCUGCCGAUAAUUUGUUUUUAUUAACAUUGAAAUUUUGAUGCUGGUAAUAUAUGUUUGUGAAUUUCCAA